AUGAACGCUGUUUCCUAUAUCAGUGAUCAAUUGUCCAAGAGGGAUAAGAAUGGUAAGACAGAGGAUGUUGAGGAUAAAGUGGCUGUUCAGAAGAGGGAAAAGAUUGUAAGGCGUAGAUCGAAAUUUACAUCGUAUGCUUGGGCUGUGAUACUUUUCUUCCCGCAGUGGCUUAUAAUCAAACCUACGCAGUUAAUUUGGUGGAUUAUCUCUUUGCCUUUGUUGCUUAUAGAGUAUGGGUUGAAAUCGCGGUUACAACGCAAGAGUACAAAACGAAGUACGGGAACCCUGCAGUCGAUCAGUGAGUUGGAGGAAGAUGACCUGGCGGGUGGAGACGAGAUCUUUUUACAGCGGGAUGCAGUUAAGGGCUCUCUCGCUCCGGCAAAAUAUAGGCGAUCACGAAGCGGUUCGCGAUCAUCGACAGUGAUGUUGGGUACAAAACGUAUGGGUCGGUUUCUAUUCCCAAAGAAACUUAUACCGCGGUCUGUUCUGCAUGCUGAAAAACGUAAGCGGCUAGUUGUAGACCUGGAUGAAACGCUGAUCCACUCUGCUUCGAGAACGACUUCGCAUAGUAACUCUGCGCAGGGCCAUAUGGUCGAGAUACGAUUCGCUAUAAGUGGGGUUUCGACGUUAUACUACGUUCAUAAACGUCCGCAUUGCGAUCUGUUCUUGUCAAAAGUCAGUAAAUGGUACGAUCUAGUGGUUUUCACCGCUUCGAUGCGCGAAUACGCGGACCCGGUGAUAGACUGGCUUGAAGGUUCUUUCUCUGGUCGUUUUUCAAAGAGACUUUAUAGGAACAAUUGUAUCCUUAGAGAUGGCGUUGGUUACAUCAAAGAUCUGUCGAUCGUUUGUGGUCCCACCGUAACCCUGGGGGAAGUCAUACUGGUGGAUAAUAGUCCCAUAAGUUAUGCCAUGAACGUCGAUAACGCUAUACAGGUGGAAGGUUGGAUUAGUGAUCCUUCAGAUACGGAUUUACUCACUCUCUUACCGUUUCUUGAAGCACUCAGGUACACGACGGACGUUAGAGACAUAUUGGCAUUGAAAAAUAGCGAACAAGCGUUCCUCUCAUGA